AUGGUGAGAAAACUCAAGUUCCACGAGAAAAAACUUCUCAGAAAGGUCGACUUCAUAUCAUGGAAAAGUGACAAUAAUAUCCGUGAGGUGAAAGUUCUACGAAAGUAUCACAUUCAGAAGAGGGAAGACUAUACAAAAUACAACAAAAUUUGUGGUAUGGUGAGGUCUCUUGCCAACAAAAUUAAACAGCUUGAGCCGAAAGAUCCAUUCCGAAUUGAAGCUACUGAGCAGCUCUUGGAAAAGCUGUACUCUCUUGGCUUAAUUUCCACUCAAAAGAACCUGUCUUUAUGCGAAAAGCUGAAUGCCUCUGCACUUUGUCGGCGUCGUCUUGGAGUUGUAAUGGUUCGUCUACGUAUGGCACAAGCUGUAAAAGAUGCAGUGAAGUAUAUUGAACAAGGUCACGUGAGAGUUGGGCCAGAGGUCAUUAUGGACCCGGCUUUUCUUGUUACAAGAAACAUGGAGGACUUUGUGACAUGGACGGAUACAUCAAAAAUAAGGAAGCAUGUGAUGGAGUACAGUGAUCUGAGGGACGACUAUGACUUAUUAUGA